GUGUUCACUGUCCGCGUCCGCGUCGCGUUCAUUUGCAUUUCAGUUAUUUUUGUUUCGAGAUAAAGUGAAGUUCUAUUUGUUAACAUUUAAUCAGUUUUGUAUCUUAAGAUGCUUAAUGAAGUGCGUAAUAUUAUUGAAUUGAUAGAAUUAGUUAAAGUUCGACAUGCAAUAUAUGAUUUUCAAGCAGAUGAACGAAAUAAUCGGGGGAAUGUUGAUAAUUUGUGGAAUGAAGUUGCGAUUGAGAUGGGAGCAACACCUCAACAAUGUCGGACGAUUUGGACGAGUUUGCGUUCAUCCUAUGCGAGACACCUUCAGAACAUGGAAAACAAUGAAAAGGGAAUUAAUCGAAAGAAAAAAGCGAAAUGGUAUCUGGCAGAUAAAAUGUCAUUCCUGAAUGAUUUCAUGUCAAGAACACCAAAAGACCGUAAUAUCACAUUGGAUCCAAACGACUCUAACUUCGCCACAACCGUCAGUGGCGAUGAUAAUUCAAUGUUUCAAUCCUUUUCAAAUUUUGAUUACAAAAAUGAAAAUAUUAACAGUUUCAACGGCGCCGCCGAAGAUAACCAGAGCAUUGUGACAAUUAAAUCAGAAGAUUUAGAAUCCCAAAUGACACUUUCCUCGCACUCACUUGAAGAUAGAAUCAUUCAAGUUGCCGAUUAUGGCAAUAAUGUUGAAAAUGAGAAUGAAGCUGAGGCGAAAGAAACUCAAUUACAAACUCAAAGUCCUGAGAAAAGUUAUCGUAUGAAAAAGUGUAGAGUCCAACUAUCAAGUAGAGAUCAAAACAUCCUCACUCCAAAACGUACGAGUAGUGUAGCAAGGCCUAGAGAGUCGCCCAAAAAAGAUCAAGGUCCAAUUCCAAAGCGUUUAAAAAUGUCUUCCCCUGCGACGAUAGAUUUACCGAAAUUUACGCAGCCCAUGGCUACAACAACGACGACGACGACGAUGAGGGAUGAAAAAUCGGAUAUUAAGGCACGUGAAAAUUCAACUUUGUUGUUUUUUGAAAGUAUUCUCUACGAUUUGAGGAGAUUACCUGAUAGGAAAUUGAGACUCUUCAAACAGGAUAUCUUACAAGACUUAAAUAAGUACCUCGAUGAAGAUGAAAAUGAAGACUGAAGGGCAUUUCAUGCUAGAAUUACAUAAUAUUGAAGAAUUAAUUUUUGUUUUGUUUUUAUUUUAAGUUCUUUUACAGUGUACCUAUAUAUUAUUAUGAAUAUAAAGUUUUUGUUAUACAAAAAUUAAAUGAAAAGUACUUAUUUUGUUUUUACGAAUAAAAUUCAAAUACCUUGUGAAAUAA